AUGCCCCCUCUUCCUGGGUUCUCCGACAACCCGCUGCGUACACGUGCCGACGUCGUGCGGGCAACGCUUGCAUUGCUCCGACCGCUGCAGCAGACAUGUUUCUCGCCGGGCCGCGGACGCGUGCGCAUCCCCGUGGCGACGGGCGCGCACUUUGACGAGGCGGCGGCGCAGCUCGAGGGCUUUGCACGGCCGCUGUGGGCCGUUGGCGCUCUCUUGGAAGGCGGCGACAGCGACGAAAGCGAUGACGUGCUAGCCCCCUGGAUCGAGGGCAUUGCCGUUGGCACCGACCCCGAGCACCCCGAGUACUGGGGCGACAUCAGCGAUAUGGACCAGCGCAUGGUCGAGUCGGAGAUUGUGUCGUACGCGCUGCUGGCGGCGCCGAACCGGCUGUUUUACGCGCAGCCGCCGCGGGUGCAGGCCAACAUUGUGCGGUGGCUGCGGCAGAUGAGCGGAAAGGAGAUGCCGCCGACCAACUGGCUGUGGUUCCGCGUGAUGGCCAACCUGACGGUGCUGCGCUUAACGGACGGCCAGGCGGUCGGGGGCGGCCAGCACGCCUACAACCAAGUGCUUGUUGACCAGAUGAACGAGGACCUGGCGAAGCUUGAUUCCUACUACAUUGGCGACGGCUGGUCGAGCGACGGAUCGUGGCAGACGGAGGCGCAGCAGGCCGCCGAGCGCGAAGAGGCGCGCGUGCACGGCAGUCGCGACACAAGCAUGGGCCGGCAGGUGGACUACUAUUCGGGCAGCUUUGCCAUCCAGUUCAGCCAGCUGCUGUACACCCGAUACGGCGGCGCGCACCUCGACCCGGCGCGGGCCGAGCGGUACCGCAGCAUGGCACGGCAAUUUGGCGCGUCGUUUUGGCGGUACUUUGACGCGGACGGCGCGGCGAUUCCCUUUGGGCGGUCGCUGACGUACCGCUUUGCGUGCGGCGGCUUCUUUGCGGCCCUGGCCGUGGCGCAGGUCGAGGAUAUGCCGGCGCCGCUGCACACGCCGGGGGCCGUCAAGGGCUUCCUGCUGCGGCACCUGCGGUGGUGGGCGGCGCACUCGGACGACGUGUUCGGUGUCGACGGCACGAUGACCAUCGGCUGGCAGUACCCCAACAUGUACAUGGCCGAGGACUACAACUCGCCGCAGUCGGUCUACUGGUGCCUCAAGACGCUGAUUGCGGUGGCGCUGCGCGACGACGACGCCUUCUGGGCGGCGGAGGAAGAGCCGUAUCCAGCGUUCUCGUCGGACCAGCCCGGCGUGCGUCUGGUGCCCACGCCGCAGCAGAUCCUGUGCAACCACCCGGCCGGCCGCCACCACUUUAUGCUGUCGCCGGCGCAGUAUGUGGCCUGGCCGAUGAAGGCGACGCAGGCCAAGUACUGCAAGUUUGCCUACUCGUCGGCGUUUCCCUUUUCCGUGCCGACGGGCCCGCUGAUCCAGCAGAUGGCGCCAGACAACAGCCUGGCGCUGAGCCGGGACGGGCGCGAGACGUGGGUGGUCAAGUGGAAGCACUGCGAGGCGGCCACGUUCACCGACGACGGAUGGGCUGCGGUGCGGUGGUAUCCCUGGGGCGCCGACCGGGCGGUGCAGGUGGACACGACCCUCGUCCCGCCGACAGAUGCAUGGCCGGACUGGCACGUGCGUGUGCACCGCAUCCGCGUGAACAAGGCGAUCCCGAUGCUGCAUGCCGUGGAGGGCGGCUUUGCCGGGCCAGGACGGAGAAAGAGCGCGCGAGGCGACGGCGCCAAUCUCGGUCCGGCCGCGGAGAAGCCGGCGAAGCUGGUCCUGGGGGAAAGCGAAGAGGUGGUGCUGGGCGACGAUGCACCCUCCGUGCUGAUUCUGUCCUACGCAGGCGCACUGGGCGUCGCCAUAGACGCGCCGAUUCUACGCUGCGCUGGUGAUGCGGGCAGCGCUACGGUCCAGGCGCGGUGUGCGCCGCUCAAGCCCGAUUCCAACACGAGCCUGGCGUACCAGCGCAGCCUGAUGCCGGCUGCGUACCACGAUGUUGUCGAUGCGACAGCGGGCGAGCUGGCGGCGGGCACAGAGCUGGUGCUGGUGACCAAGGUGUUUGCCAUCCAGGCCGGCACGGACGACUCUGAGCGGGUAGACAUUACGGAGCGGUGGAACAACAAGCCGAGAGUGGCCUUUGGCAAGGCAUCAGCCGAGCCAUGUAUUGUGCUGCGGGAGUAG